CGUCCUUCUGCCUCCGAGUCUGCAGUCAUCUUCUUUCUCUCACGUCCGGUGUCCGACGACCCAGCCUUGCCGAAUCGGCCUCCUUUCACGAUUAUUUAUCCCCUUUCCCGUCCAUCCGUCAAGAUUCAAGCCGAUUCAUGACAGCCCUGUGACCCUUCAAAACAAUCGAAAACACCACAACAAUGUCGUCCUCCCCAGAAUACCGGGCUGGAAAGCGGCCAAGAACUCAGUCGCUCCCGCCUCCAGAGCUGCCGCAGCUGGUAGCCGAGCAGCAUACCCCUAUCCCGCCCACCGACAAAGAUACUAAACGAUUGAUUGUUGUCCUUUCCAAUGCCAGCCUCGAGACGUAUAAGGCUUCACAUGGCGGGGUCAACCGCAUGGGCGUGCAGAGGGAGGAGAAGUACUCGCUGCUCAACAGCGACGAGCACAUUGGUGUCAUGCGCAAGAUGAACAGGGACAUCAGCGACGCGCGCCCUGACAUCACCCACCAGUGCCUGCUUACUCUCCUCGACUCGCCGAUCAACAAAGCUGGGAAACUCCAGAUUUACAUACAGACCGCCAAGGGCGUGCUCAUCGAGGUUUCGCCCUCUGUCCGCAUCCCGCGGACGUUCAAGCGCUUUGCUGGCCUGAUGGUUCAGCUGCUCCAUCGCCUCUCCAUUAAGGGCACCAACUCACAGGAAAAGCUGUUGAAGGUUAUUCAGAAUCCGAUCACCGACCACCUGCCCCCCAAUUGCCGAAAGAUUACACUGAGCUUCGACGCGCCGCUGGUGCGUGUGCGCGAUUACCUUGACACGCUCAAACCAAACGAGAGCAUUUGUGUCUUUGUUGGCGCGAUGGCCAAGGGGCCAGACAACUUUGCCGACGCCUAUGUGGAUGAGAAAAUUUCCAUCAGCAAUUACAGCCUUUCGGCGAGCGUUGCCUGCAGCAAGUUUUGCCAUGCGGCCGAGGAUUGCUGGGACAUUAUCUGAGGUGAUGCUGCGGUGUCUUUUAUACUUGGCGGCAAGGCUGCUUUUGACCGGCUUUGGGCCGCUUUUUAUCGACAAGGACAGGGAACUGGAUGGAAAGAUCUGUCGGCUCCCUAAUUACCUACAGGAAGCUGCGGUUGCAUUGUGCCUGUUCUGCGAUAGUUAGGGAUGUCUGUGCUUGAGCUGUCGGUGUUUUUGCAACAAAACAUGGGGCGUUCAACAACGGAUCCCAAGACGCUUUCGUCGUCUGCGCGGUGCCACUUCAACUUGGCUCGCGUCUUUCCCUGGUCCUUGAAUUCAUAAUUCAUAUCUCUUA